AUGGGAUGGGAAUAUGUGGAGUCUGAUGGUGCCUCUGGUGGUUUGUUAUUAAUUUGGGAUGAUGGCUUCUUUAAAUUGCGAAAUUGCUAUAAAGGUGAGCGAUGGUUGUGUGUUGAAAGGAUACUGUCAGAGAAGUCUGUUGACUGUGCGUUUUUCUUGGUUUAUGGGGCUCACACUAGAGAUGAGAAACGUGUUGUGUGGGAGGAGUUGAGUUACAUGGCUGGCCUAUGUCCAGGCGUCUGUUGUUUUCUGGGGGACUUUAAUGAGAUUGGCCAAGUGGAAGAAAGGCGAGGUCUGGAAAGCUUACCUCUGUCGACACAGGACUAUAAGAAUUGGGUACAUGACAUGGGUUUGGUGGACCUGCCAAUUUCAGAUCGUAAGUUUACAUGGUUCAGAGGACAGUCAUGUAGCCGUAUUGACAGAGCUUUGGUUAGCUUAGAAUGGCUUGAGGCAUUCCCGGAGACUCGGUUGAGAGGUGGAUCACGGGGGUUGUCAGAUCACUGUCCUAUCAUAGUGGAAGAGAAGAGACUGAGAGUUGGACCGAGGCCGUUUCGAAGUCUGGAUUCGUGGUUUACUCAUGAAGGGUUUCUAAGGAUGGUCAAGGAGGAAUGGAGAGGGCUGGGAGAGUUACAAUUCACUGAUAAACUCAAGGCAUUGACGGUUCCUUUGGGGAGAUGGCACAGAGACAACUUUGGUGAUAUGGACAGGAAAAUUUUAAAGUUUGAGGAAGAGAUUCAGAAGAUUGAUGAAAUGGUUGGCAAUGGGAACUAUGAUGAGACAGUGGAAGCAAGAAGGAAGGCGAUAGUUAAGUGA